AUGACGAACCCCAAAGGGAAGAAGAGCACGCAGAGAGCUGAAAAAAUAAACUUUUUCACCCACAAAAACGCGGGUAGCUCCGAAACUGAUCGCGGCACAAUCCAAGAUGGCGCCGACGAACAAACGGUGGGAAACAUCCCACUCACGGGCGCAUCUCAGGACAGCCAUGAAAACCUAACUAAAGCAUACCUGGAUGAAGCGAUGAACGCCAUGGCUAACAAGCUCAUACAAACAUGGCAAUCCUCCAUAGGACAACUCAGCAAGGAAGUCCAAGACAUUGGCAACCGAACCACACACGUGGAAAAUAAGCUGAGCGAGUAUGCAACAGCGCACAACGACAUGGCCGAUCAUAUGACGCGGCUGGAACAAAAAAUUGAAAUAAUGGAGGCACGAAUGGCUGAUGCUGAAGAUCGCUCGCGGAGAAAUAACCUCAGGCUACGAGGAGUUCCCGAAAGCAUCAUGCCUAAUGACCUACAAGCCUAUGUGCAAGGCCUCUUGAGGGCGUACGCUCUGGACAUCCCCACGGAUAUGUUCCUGAUAGAUCGAGUGCACAGGGUGCCCAAACCACGCAAUCUGCCGGACACUGUCCCUCGAGAUGUCCUACUGAGGGCACACUACUACCACAUAAAGGAGGCAGUAUUGCGUGCCAGCAGGAACCGCACAGAGCCGCAUGAGACCUAUACAACGAUCAAGAUCCUAGCAGACCUGUCCGCGGCGACUCUCAAGCGCAGGAGAGACUUCCAACCGGUGACAGAAGAAUUGCGUCGCGCUGGAAUAAGAUACCGUUGGGGAUACCCCACUAAACUACUAAUUACUAAAAACGGCGAGCUCAACAUUGCUUCUACACCGGACGAAGGCGCCCGAGUAUUGAAAGCCUGGGGGCUCCUCAAAAACCCCUCCACGACUCAAGCAAGUCCAACAAGACGUCUGACACCAGAAUGGCGCCAAGCCUCAACGAGGAACAAGUCACCAUGA